GCCAUUCAAUUUGAAUGCAUCGAAUAAAAAUGUCGGGCACGCAGCUUAUCAAAAACUUAAAGGAGGGUUCAAAAGUUCCUCUCCCCAAAAGCCUCCUAUCUCCAAUUACCUUUGCAAAUAUUGUGUUUUCAAUAAAAUGGGGUAGAUUUUGGGGCGGAAUACCGUUCGAGUAUGAUUAUUCGAAACAUCGCUUGAUCAUUACAGAAAAGUCAACUAGUUUCUGGACGGCGAGUGUGACAAUUCAAACAAUAAAUACUGCAUAUUACAUUGGGGUGACGAUUUUUACCCUACUCAAUAUUAGCAAUAAAUUGACUAACAAAAGCAACAUGUUUGAUAUUGCUUUUGGAUUUAUUGUAACAAUGGUAAGCGCUAUUUUGCUAAUGGUGGACAUAAGCUUCGGAUACGUUAACAGGGCGACAUUUUGUUCGUUCGUCAAUACUUCGUUGGACUAUUACAUAUACUUAAAAGAAACUUACGCAAAUCAAUUGGGCGCAAAAUGGAGAAAUGGUUGUGAGGAAAUUCUGCUAGCUUUACGAGCUGUAAUGUUCAUCAUGCCUUUUUUACUAACUAUCCAAUAUUUCCAACAUCCUGAGCGACCCAUUUAUACUGUGUCACUUCUGCCACCAUCGGAUUCGCUAUUUUACACAUUUUUUGCUCACAUCGGAUAUGGAAUUUUUCUGUUUCUACUUCAAAUUUCAUCAGCUUCGACAAUAUUGGGAUUUAUUUCCCCUACUCUGGGCAUAAUAUUUUGUUUCAUGUCCAUUAUCGAGGAAAUGAAGGCUGGGAGAAAGGUUUAUCGCAUGAAGCCUGGAUUUCGUAAACCUGAAAAUCUUCGCAUUCUGGUUCGAAUUAUGCAACUUUUGAGUACUCAAAUAAAUGUGAUUUCGAGACAAGUGAUCAUGGCCGAGCAAACCCUGAUUACAUACACUGGAACCAUAUGCAUCUUUUCUGCAAUCCGUUUUUGGGGUCAAUUGAGUAUCAGUGCCACAAGCGUCUUAAUACUCACGGCGAUAAGUGCCGUCGGAUUAUGGACGAUGGUCAUCACUGUUUCUGCCCACACUUAUACUAAUACCGAAAAAGCGCUCAAUACGUGGCGAAAUUAUACCAAUUGGUCAGCAUUUGAGAAACUGCAGAUGAAAAAGUUUAGAAAGUCAGUGAGACCUAUUCAAUUAGAAUUUGGAGGAUUUUAUUAUAUUCGACCAAAGAAAAUAUUGACUUUUUGUAAUACAAUGGUUUGGUUGGUUGUACGAUGUUUACUCACAAUUUCUGAUACACAUAACAAUCAUGGAAUUAAUUAAUUAUUGAAUAAAUAUGCUAAAAUGAAAUAAAAGCUUGAUCUGACUUGUGCUUUGUAGAA